AUAAUAUCAUAUUAUAGUCCGGUGCCGCCGUUACACGUAUGUCCGAAGUUAUAUAUUAUUAUUAUAAGUUAGGUAUAACGUACAUACUUACACAAUAAUAUAAAUCAUGGGAUUUUAUGUUGUAUUACUUGAGGUCGCGAAGUUCUAAUAGUGCGCCGCGACGUGAUUUUAACAACUCUACUGCAAGACUUGACUAUAUUGUGAUAUUGUUACAAAAACUUCGUCAUCGCUGACGCCGCCGUGUAUAUAAUUGUCGCAUUUCGUUUUCAUCGUCACCACUGUGUAAUGUGACAAUAUGAGUUGUAUACAUCUUGGUGUGUCGGUUACAUAAUGUUAUAAUAUUAGCCAGCCAACAGGACCGGUGCCGAAGGAUAUGCUAGACCUAAAAGCUCACUGUUGUCCACUUUACAGUGGACUGGAUUCGCCGCUAAUCCCUUGGCCGGGGCUCAAGUUCGCGUGCGUCCGAAUACUUGAACUUUACGGCAAAGUCUUUGGGCAGGAAGAGCUUUGCGAACUUAUUAUUAGGAAGACAUGUGGUAGCUGUAAAUGCACAAAAGACUCGCACGAUGUGCUGCACGAGGAGUGGGUUAACGUACGCGACCGGCUUGGUUUCAAGCCCGUGCAAGACCCGGACAAGAGAGUGUCGAAGGAGAGGUCUUACAGCCAAGGGUACUCAUGGGUUCCUCCUGGGUUGCCUAGUCACAAGGUAGAGAAAUACUUUAACAGUUUACCGUCUAACAAAGUUCCUAAACUGGGCACAUCUGGCGAGAAGUACAGAGACAAGCAGGUAGUCGUACAACUACCGAAACAAGACUUAGCCCUGACUUAUUGUAAACAUGUGGAACAGAGGCAUCAUCAGAGCUACGAAGACUUCAUAAAUGCUAGAAACGAGAUAGCGUUAGAUAUCGGAUAUGCUAGAGAAUGUACUUAUCACGUGGAAUGUCCGAAAUGCAAGAAAAAUGUUGAACCAGGUGAAAUAGGAGUAUUCGCGUCUAAAUUUGGCGAUACAGUUUUAUGGCAUCCGACAUGUUUCACUUGUACCGAAUGCCAAGAGCUACUUGUCGAUUUAACUUACUGUCUAUAUGAAGAUCAUUUGUAUUGCGAACGCCAUUAUGCACAACAAUUCAAACCAAGGUGUUCGGCUUGCGAUGAGUUAAUUUUCAGCGGAGAAUACACCAAGGCUAUGAACAAGGACUGGCAUUCCGGUCAUUUCUGUUGCUGGCAAUGUGAUGAAUCGUUAACAGGGCAGAGAUAUGUGCUCAGAGACGAUCAUCCAUAUUGCAUCAAAUGCUACGAAUCUGUAUUCGCCAACCCGUGUGACGAAUGCGACAAGACCAUCGGGAUCGACUCUAAAGAUUUGUCGUACAAGGAUAAACAUUGGCAUGAAGCUUGUUUCUUGUGCAGCAAAUGUCGCGUCUCGUUGGUGGACAAACAAUUUGGAUCAAAAGUAGAAAAAAUCUAUUGCGGAAACUGCUACGACACUCAAUUUGCUGCUAGAUGCGAUGGCUGUGGAGAUAUAUUCCGUGCAGGAACAAAAAAGAUGGAGUACAAGACCAGACAGUGGCACGAGAAAUGUUUCAGCUGCGUUGUAUGCAAGUCGGCCAUCGGCACCAAGAGCUUUAUACCCAGGGACCAGGAAGUUUACUGCGCCACUUGCUACGAGGAAAAGUUUUCGACUCGAUGCGUUAAGUGUGACAAGAUUAUUACUAGCGGUGGCGUGACAUAUAAAAACGAACCUUGGCACAGGGAAUGCUUCACGUGUAGCCACUGUAGCACAUCGUUGGCUGGACAGCGUUUCACGUCCAGAGACGAAAAACCAUACUGUGGAGAUUGUUUCGGAGAGUUGUUCGCCAAAAGAUGCACUUCAUGUGUAAAACCAAUUACAGGAAUCGGUGGCACUAGAUUCAUCUCGUUCGAAGACCGUCACUGGCACAACGAUUGCUUUAUCUGCGCCUCCUGUAAGACCUCGCUGGUUGGCAGGGGCUUUAUCACCGAUGCCGAAGACAUAAUUUGCCCGGAAUGCGCCAAGCAGAAGCUCAUGUAAACACGGCCGCACCUAAUCAACACGACCACCGCCACCCCCGCACUCCAUCAUCGUUUGACUAUACGUUAUGUUUACCAACGCCGUCUUAACGUUACUAUAUAUUAUAAUAUAAUGAUGCAACACACAUAAGAAAGAAAUAAAUCGUUAAAAAAGAAAUCUAUCGUCUUUACGGCUUACGCGAGGCACCCAUAUAACCCAUCACCACACUUUUCGAUGACGACACAGAGACGGAAAUAUUCGUUUGUUCGUUUAAUAUUUUUAUAUCCGACUUCCGGCACCGGAUCCGUGUUAUUUAUUUAUUUGUUUAUUUAUUCAUACGUUUUUAAUGUAUUGACACGUGUGCCUUAACGUUUCUAAAGUAUAUCGUAUCACUAUAUAGAAAUGUAUUAGAUAUUGAUAAAUAUAUAUAUAUAUAUAUUGAUGUAAGCGUAAACCCACAUAAUAUUAAUAGAUAGAUUCAUAUUUAUUUAUACAUACAACUAACAAAACAAUUAUUAUGCGUAAAUAACGUAAAUACUUAAAAUUGUUAAAAAAAAAAAAAUAAUAAUAAUAAUAAUAAAAAAAAUUAUGUAGUUCACUAACCCCCCAGCGUUUGAAUAUUAUAACUAUAACUACAUAUUUAUUUAAAUUAUAUAUUUAUUUAAAUGUAAUUUUGAUUAAGUUAUACCAGCAUUUAAGUUACAUAACCACCUUUGUUAAUUUAUUACUCAAAAGUAUUAUUAUGGUUUUUUUGUGAUUAACUAGUCAGGUCUUGUUAAAAUGUUAAUAUAAAUAUUAUAGAUAUAUAUUAUACUAUAAUAACCUUAUAUUUUUCUCCCUUUAGGUACAUACUGUAAAUUUAUAACCUUAUCUAUACCGUCCCUAUCCCUAAAGUCCUUCAAUAGAUACAAUAUUACCUAUUUUAUCUUAGAAGUUAGAGUACAAGGCACUUGCAGUGAAUUAUCCCUUAAUGUACGUUUUUAUUUUCAAUAUAAAAAUCAAGCACAGUGCUGUGAAACGUCUUACCUUAUAAAUUUUAAUCAUUAAUAAAAAUAAGGUGGGCUAGUAAGUUUAUACCUUACACGUAUACACUAUACAUAUAUAUAUAUAUAUAUAUAUAGUAUUAUAUUAUACAACGUGUAAUCAACUUAAUUAACCAAAACUCGGCUAACCGAAUUCUCGAAAUCUGUUUCGACACAUACUCUUAAUUUACAUAAUAUUUACUACCUAUUUUAAUACUAUACAAUAAUUAUUAUUUGUACACGAUAUUAUUUCUGUUAAAUAUAUCGUUUUGUAGUCUAUUUAUUUUAGUAGUUAAAAUUGUAUUGGUGUUAUAUUGUCGAAUAUUUUUACCGUAGUAAUUUUUAUAAUAAUGCAAACACUAUAACUAUAGAAGUUAUUACAGUUGAAUCAUUUGGUGCUAUGAUAAUAAUAAUAAUAACAGUAAUUAUAAUAUUAUUGCUAUAUGCACACUAAUCACAUUGUUUUUUAAAACAAUUUAGUGUAGAAUUAAGAUAUAUAUAUAUUUUUGAAAAUGUAUACAUUUAAAAAUUUUUAAAAUCACAUUUUAUGAAAAUAUAUUACUUAUGUUAUUUAUUGUUGACUCACACAAAUCUAUCUUUUUUCUUACGCGAUAUUUUCAAGUCAUCGUUUCAUUUAUAAAGAUUGUACUUUUUGUUUGAAUCAAUAAUUAUGUAUACUAUAUUUAUUUUGACAUGGGCACAAAAAACAUUUAACAUUUUCAAAUUAUAAAUUGUUUAAAACAUUUUGUCUGAAAUAAAAUGCUCUGGUUUUCUGAUUGGAAUAAA